GAGCUGUUCGUGGAGACCAUUGCAAAAGAUGCCUACUGCUGCGCUCAACAAGGAAAGAGGAAAACCCUCCAGAGGAGAGAUUUGGAUAAUGCAAUAGAAGCUGUGGAUGAAUUUGCUUUUCUAGAAGGGACUUUGGAUUAAUUGCGGAGCUGGAUGAUUUUGUGAGCCUUUGCUGUAUCCUUCAUCUUUCCCUGUGUAAGCCUCAGCUUUGGAGAGUCCGUGUGCAUACAAAUCUUCUUGUUCUACUUUACCCAAGCUACAAGACGAAGAAACCUCUGAUACAUUCUCCACAAAGUCUUCCAUUAUUCGAGUCUGUCUUCCAGUUCAGGCCUGGAUGUAGCUGAUGCUGCUUGGGGCAGAGAUGAAAGGACUGUAUUGCAUAAGUGGCUCAGUGAUGGAGGAAAACCAGGAUAAAGGUCUUUGGUCAGCUUCUUUCCUGUUUUACAGUUUUGCCUUUGCUCUUGCCCUGUGACUGGAGAACCAUGCAAUCAGGCACAGACUUUCCUGUGUAUGACAAAAUUUAGAUAAUGUUAUUUAAAUUUUAUCUAUGCUAUGGUAUGUAUUUGUACCCUUUCCUUUAAGUUGUGAAAUAUACAUAAUAUAAAGUUUCCCAUUUUAACUUGC